GGGGUGGAGAGAGAGGGAAACAAGUCAUAAGAGACUCUGAAAGACAGGGAACAAACAGGGUUGAUGGAGAGAGGUCGGGGCUGGGUAUGAGCUGGAUGGGUGAUGGGUAUUAAGGAGGGCACUUGCUGUGAUGAGCACUGAGUGUUGUAUGUAAGCAAUGAUUCACUGAAUUCUCCUGAAAUAUUUCACUGUAGAUUAACUAACUAAAAUUUAAAUAAAAAUUUGAGAAGAAAAAAAGGAUAGGGUUUUUUUUUCCCCCAGUAAAAUGUAAUUUUUAGAUGGGAAUUCUAGAUCUACAGUAAGGAAUCCAAUCUUUAAAUCUUUUUGCUCUGGUUGUAUACACAUGGACUGAAUAGAAUCUCCGUUAUUGGAUUAGUUAACCAAAAACACUGCAGGCAAAAAGAAACCAUAAGGUUCUUAAAAUUUAGUUGAGAAUUAACUUUCAGAACCCUAUUGUUUUAGUGCUUAUUCUUAGCUAUGCAGGAGAGGCCUGUUUUGUAGUUUAUCUUGAUAAACGAAGGCCAUCUAAAGCCAGGGACCUUGAAGAGGUCUCAGUGCUUUGUAAUUUGAUCUGACCAGCCAGCCACAUCACUGCUGAGAGCUGUGUCUGUGACUGUGUCCUAAACUGGGAAAGAUAGGAUGAACACCUCUAAGGGGAGGAUUCAUGUAUUUAUGUCAAUCAAUCCACCAAACCAUUAUUGAACAUCUAUGUGCCAGGCACUGUACCAGGCAGGGGAUCCAAAGAGAAAUAAAACCUAUCAGCUUUCAGGGAAUUCAUAGAUUACUAGAAGAUUCAGAAAAUCACAUUUUAUCAUAAAAUUGACUUGGAAUAGCAUUUACUAAACUGGUAGAAGCAAAAACACUAGCUGUAAAUUACAUAGAUUUGAUCAUGGUAUCAUUUUGGAAGGGAUUGUGUAUUAAAAUUCAAUCUGUUCUCAACAACCUCUCUUUUCUUGUCCCCCCCUCUACAGUGGCUAUUCUAGUAAUGAUUAUUCCUGUCUGGCCCAGAGUUGUCUCCCAUUCUUUUUCAAGAACACCUGGAGCAUAUCCAGUCUUACCGGCUUUUGUUUUGCUGAUCUAUUCCUGUACAAUUUUUGCAUUUUCUUAAUUUAACUUCCAGCAGUACACAUUAGCAGGAUCUUCUUUGGGAAUUAAGUUUUCUUCCUGUAUGGGGGCGUCUGGGUGGCUCAGUCAGUUAAGCAUCUGCCUUCAGCUCAGAUCAUGAUCCCGGGGCCUGGGAUCGAGUCCCACAUCAGCCUCCUUGCUCAGUGGGGAGGCUGCUUCUCCUUCUCCUGCUCCCCCUGCUUCUGCUCAUGCUCUUUCAAAUAAAUAAAUAAAAUCUUGGGGGGAAAAAAAGUUUUCUUCCUAUAGAAAUGCAGUGUCUCCCUUAAGCCUUAUAACUUCCACUUUACUGGAUACCAAAUGGAAGCACCUUAUGUCAUCAUCUUGGUGUAGAAUGGGGAAUGGGUUGGUAAGAGAGCUAGUGCUCAGUCCAGGUUGAGGAGCUCACCGUGCUCCAGAGGAGAGCUAUGUGUCUCUGCAGAUACAAUGACACAUAGCAUGGACACUGGAAAAUGAGGAAGGUGGGCAGUAUACAGAAGUAUUAAGAAUUGUGACACCCGUUACCAGUGAUAAGUUGCCACAUAGCAAAUACAAACUUGCACACAAGAUUUGUGGAAGGACCUUCAGAGGUCUCAUUAACUGGUCUGGGGUGAGGCGGGGCAUCGUGCUUUUGGUUUUUUUUAAUCCAAGGGUUUCAGAGAACUGUGGCCAUUGCAGACUCAAAUUACAACUGGUUUUAUGGUCCAGAAAGCCAAUUAGUGUUCCUGGAUAAAUUUGUCAUGCGGAAUGGCAGUGGAAACUGGCUGGCUGACCAGAUCAGGAGGAACCGUGUGACCGAAGGUCCGGGCACACCAUCCAAAGGGCAGCGCUGGUGUACUCUUCACACAGAAUUUCUCUGGUAUGAUGCCAGCUUGAAGUCUGUCCCUCCCCCGGAUUUCGGCACCCCCACACUGCAUUAUUUUGAAGACUGGGGUGUCGUGACUUACGGAAGUGCCCUGCCUGCAGAAAUCAAUAGAUCUUUUCUCUCCUUCAAGUCGGGAAAACUCGGGGGCCGUGCGAUAUACGACAUUGUCCACAGAAGCAAAUACAAAGACUGGAUCAAAGGGUGGCGAAAUUUUAACGCAGGGCAUGAGCAUCCUGACCAGAACUCGUUUACCUUUGCUCCCAAUGGGGUACCUUUCAUCACGGAGGCUCUCUACGGGCCGAAGUACACCUUCUUCAACAACGUUUUGAUGUUUUCGCCAGCGGUGUCCAAGAGCUGCUUUUCUCCCUGGGAGGGUCAGGUCACGGAAGACUGCUCUUCGAAAUGGUCGAAGUACAAGCAAGACCUGGCAGCCAGCUGUCAGGGCCGAGUGGUGGCCGCGGUGGAGAAAAACGGCGUGGUGUUCAUCCGUGGCGAGGGCGUGGGGGCUUACAACCCGCGGCUGAACCUCAAGAACGUCCAGAGAAACCUCCUCCUGCUGCACCCCCAACUGCUGCUCGUCGUGGACCAGAUCCACCUGGGGGCCGAGAGCCCGCUGGAGACCGCCGCGAGCUUCUUCCACAACGUGGACGUUCCCUUCGAGGAGACGGUGGUGGACGGGGUCCACGGCGCUUUCAUCAGGCAGCGGGACGGCCUCUACAAGAUGUACUGGAUGGAUGAUACCGGCUACAGCCAGAAAGCCACCUUUGCCUCCGUGACGUACCCUCGGGGCUAUCCCUACAACGGGACCAACUACGUGAACGUGACCGUGCACCUCCGCAGCCCCAUCACCAGGACGGCGUACCUGUUCAUCGGGCCGUCUGUGGACGUCCAGAGCUUCAGCAUCCACGGAGACCCGCAGCAGCUGGACGUGUUCAUCGCCACCAGCCGGCACGCCUACGCCGCCUACCUUUGGACGGGAGAGAGCGCCGGGCAGUCGGCCUUGGCGCAGGUCGUUGCCGAUCGGCAGAAGAUCCUCUUCGACCGGAGUUCGGCCAUCAGGAGCACGUCGGUGCCGGAGGUGAAGGACUACGCCGCGCUCGUGGAACGGAACCUGCAGCAUUUUAAGCCAGUGUUCCAGCUGCUGGAGAAGCAGAUCCUGUCCCGGGUCCGGAACACGGCCAGCUUCAGGAAGACCGCCGAGCGCCUGCUGAGGUUCUCGGACAAGAGGCAGACGGAGGAGGCCAUCGACAGGAUUUUUGCCAUAUCGCAGCAGCAGCAGCAGCAGCAGAGCAAGUCAAAGAAAAACCGAAGGGUAGGCAAACGCUAUAAAUUUGUGGACGCCGUCCCCGAUAUUUUUGCACAGAUCGAAGUCAAUGAAAAAAAGAUUCGACAGAAAGCUCAGAUUCUGGCACAGAAAGAACUGCCCAUCGAUGAAGACGAAGAAAUGAAAGACCUUUUAGAUUUUGCAGAUGUGACCUAUGAGAAACACAAAAACGGUGGCUCCCUGAAAGGCCGCUUUGGACAGGCCCGGAUGAUGACGACAACUCACAGCAGAGCCCCGGUACUGUCGUCUUCCUAUACCAGACUGUUCCUGAUCCUGAACAUUGCUAUUUUCUUUGUCAUGCUGGCAAUGCAACUGACUUAUUUCCAGAGGGCCCAGAGCCGUCAUGGCCAAAGAUGUCUUUACGCAGUCCUUCUAAUAGAUAGCUGUAUUUUAUUGUGGUUGUACUCUUCGUGUUCCCAGUCACAGUGUUAGCACUAAAGCUAUCCAUUAUGUGAUCGUUGUGUGGUCACAAGAGUCUAUGCAAAAACAAAACUAGCCCUAGUUUGUUACUGGACUUUUUAUCUCAGAUUCCUUUUAACAAAUUAAGGGGAACAUAUCUUCACACAAAGCAGGGAUAUGGAGAAAUCAGAAUUGGAAAGGCAAAGAUUUAUCAGAGGAAUAAGAGUGGCUUGGUUGUCCCAUGGUGUUUCUGGAAGUAUUUGGCUUGGCUAAUUUAGCAGUCCAUAUAAUAUUACUCUUAAAAGAAACAAGUCUGGUUUUAAGAAAAAGAUUUAGAUAGAUUUGGGUUUUAUUAAUAUUAAUUUAAUGCUAUUAGCAAUUUCCAAAUACUAUUUUAUGGAAAAGACUGAAGCACACUGUUCUAAGAAGUUCAGAAAAAUCUUUUUAGUGGUGUAGUCAUAUUGAAAAAUAAGUAUUAUUAAGUCCUGGUAUGGUGGUGUUAACUUCCUUGGAGAGUAGUUCAUUAGUUUAAAAAAAGCAGGAUCUCCAUAUUGGAUUCCUAUUCAGACAACACAAUAAAAUGAUGGCAGACGACCAUUAAAAAUUUAAAAUACAUUUUCAGUAGAAAAACACAUAUCUGUGAAUGAAUAUUUCCUUGACGAUGUUGGUCUCUGCACACACAUAAUGCAUCCAUUGGUUGUUCAAUAAAUAAGACAAUUAGGGGUAACUUGAUUUUCUCUUUUUCUUAUAUGGAAAACUGUUGUAGACCCAGUGGCUCAACUUCAAAAUAAAAUAUUUUAUAUCCGAAAUGUUGAUUUCAAUACCAAAGAAGAUGGGGAAGGUAAAAUUUGAAUAUUAUUCUUAUGUUUUUUUAAUAGAAAACUUUAAGUUUAUUUUGCUAAAUAAACAUCAUAAUUAUGA